CAGGUAAUACCAGAAAGACGUUGUAAGAACGCCAAAUCAUUUAGCCUACUAUUACUGAAAUAACAGGUAUCCUGGUAGUUGGUUACAACUGGAUAACGAUGUUACCGAUACUAAUACAUUGUAUACCGCCCAUCUAUAACACAAACAACUAACAAGACCAUUAAAAUCUUAAGAAAAGAUGGCCGAUUGGAACAUUGCAGUUGUAGGGCACACAGUAUAGAAAAGGAAAGGAGUGCUUGUCCGUAAUGUUACGUGUAUUAGAAGUGAAUUAUCUAGCAACAGCAACAUUGUUAUAAAUAAUGUAUUAGUGUUGUUGUAUUGCCGACAUUGACUACAGACUUUUAUUAUGGCAAUGGAUGGUGAAGAAGGUGUGAAAACAAUGAGAGGACGGGGUAGAGGUAGAGGACGAGGAGGGCGUGGCAGAGGUGUUCGAGGAGGCAGAGGGAGCAGAGGCCGGGGGAAAAAAAGUGCUAAGACAGAGGUGGAGGAUGGAGAGAAUGUGGCUCCAGCCCCAGAGAACCAAGAGGCUCAAGAUGUGGCAGCCCAGGCCAUUCCGAAAGAAAUUGAUCUGGAGGCAGACAUCUCACAGCUGGAGGCUCCCACGUUCACUACACUGAACCGAGGACCCCCGGAGCCUAUGUUGAGGUUGCAGUGGGAUCACAGAGUCAACUUGGUGGCAGAGAAGGUGCUAAAUCCCAUGAUACAUUGCUGUGACAAGUGUAUGAAGCCAAUACUCAUAUAUGGGCGCAUGAUUCCUUGCAAGCACGUGUUCUGCCUGGCAUGUGGCAAGAGAGAGGAUAAAGUAUGUCCACGCUGCCAAGAGAAAGUAACCAGAGUGGAGCAGACUGGUCUCGGCACAGUGUUUAUGUGUACACAUGGUGGUACACGAUACAACAGUGCAGGCUGUCGGCGCACUUACCUCUCACAGAGAGACUUACAGGCACACAUCAAUCAUAGACAUAUAGCUGUGUCAUCAGUGCAGUCUCUGGGGGCUGGAGGAGGAGACGCUCCACCAGAGCCUCCGGCGCAUUCCCCUGUCAAGAUCCCUACUAUGAGUGGUUCUGCCCCCCGUCUUAAGUCCUCUCAAUCAGCAGGAGAUCCUCGUGUGCAAUCCACACCAUCUGUGAUUGAACCCCAUCAUCGGAGGGGGUCCCCUCCACCACCACCCCCCUCCUUUGUUAACCACCGUCCUCCAGUGAUGUACCAAGGCAGCAGUCAGCGGACCAAUCUUAUUACUGUGCAAAUCCAGGACUCUGGCAUGGAUGUCCCACCCUCUUCCUUCCACCAGCAGCACUAUUCACAUGCUCCCCCACCCCAGUAUGCUCCUCCUUACGGUGUUCCUCCCCCAGUCACUAUCCCUCCACCUCAAGCACCACAGUUCUAUCCCAACCCUCCUUCAAACUAUGCCCCUCCACCACAGGCUCCUCAGUACCCUACUGGACCCCCUGCUCCCAGACCUCCUCAUUAUCAAGAUCCCAUGGCUCAACCAUAUUCAGCUCCUCCCCCUCAGUGGCAACAUCCUCCUCCAAACAACGGACAACAGUUUUAUCGAUAAUCAUAUUUUUAUGUUUACUUUAACAUUAAUAUUACUUUAAAUUUUUUAUCUUGUAGUGAUCUAUAAAAUAAGUUACUAAUUUCUCUUAUAUAUUAACUAUUAUACAUUACGACUUAUGAAUAAAAUCUUAAUGAAUAA